GUCGCGUCAGCCGGCGCGCCGAGGAGAGGGGGAGUUUCCCGGAGAGAUUCCAUUUGGAACGUUGAGUGUUCGUAAGUUCCAUCCGCGGAACGUCGGGGGUUCCUCCUUGGGAACCGACGGCCCGCCAUGUGGCAGAGCAGCCGCUGCUUGCGGGCGCUGCUGAGGCUCAGGUCUUGGCAAGCCGCGGGAGGAGGAAGAAACAGCGGCCUGCGAGAGGCUGCUGCUGCUGCGGCGGCUCCCCGAUUUCCCUCGCGCGCGGGCUCGCUAGGGUUGCGGAGAUUCAGCGCGGCGGGCAGCUCGCAGCUGCGGGAUGCAGAGGUGGAGCAAAGCUUGCAAGAAGACUGGGCAGCCGGGCAGGAGCAGCGCAUUCGCUCCGGUGCCGGCGAGGCCGCGGGUGCGUCUGAUCAUGUCUCUUCAGUAUUCAGCAUCGACCACAUGGUAUCACUUCUGAGACAAGAAAAUGCCAAGGACAUUUGCGUUAUUGAGUUGCCUCCAGAACUGAAAUACAGCAAUUAUUUCAUAAUUGUCAGUGGGUCAUCUCCCAGGCACCUCCAUGCCAUGGCUCAUUACCUGGUCAAAAUGUACAAGCAUUUGAGGACAGACCAGGAUCCCCAUGUUAUAAUUGAAGGAAAAGAUUGCGAAGAUUGGAUUUGCAUAGAUUUUGGCAAUAUUGUGAUCCAUUUCAUGUUGCCAGAGACACGCGAAAUCUAUGAACUGGAGAAGCUGUGGACGCUUCGAUCUUACGAUGAUCACUUGGCAGAGAUACUGCCAGAAUCCUUGCCUGACGAUUUCAUAAUUGGGUUAACUCCUGAACAGCAGUGAUUGGCCUCCCAAGUAGGGGAAAGAACAGGUCUGCAUGAAAUACACUGCACAGCUGAGAAUUCAGUAUCACAGUGUUUCUCAACCAGUGUGCCUCCAGAUGUUUUGGGGGUUGAGAAACACUGCAGUAUCAGUUCUUGGGAGAUGCAGCAGGAAGAGAAGACAGAAGCCUCAGUUGGAGACCUUGGUGGCAAACAGAAUCAUACAGAAUACUCAAGUGAAUUUGUGGCAUAUAAAAAAAGGAAACUUGGUUUACAUAUUGCAAAAAGCUUAUGUUGUGGGUAUAAAGCAGAGGUUGACUUUUGAGAGCCUAGUCAUAAUUCCCCCCCCCCCCCCGGAAGCUGGGUCUUUCUUACCAGUAGCUGCUGGUGGAACAAAAGUUGGUUGCUGUACUAAGUUACUGGUGACAGGUGGAAGUCUGUCUGAAAGGUAUUUUGGUCAGUAAUAUAGCCCAAAGUGGAAGAAAUACAGUCAUUCUAAAAUUGUUUCAGAGUUUUGUUCAUUAACCUGGACAUGCUGUUCCAUGUUGCCGAUUGCUAUAGGUCAGGCAUAGGCAAACUCGGCCCUCCAGAUGUUUUGAGACUACAAUUCCCAUCAUCCCUGACCACUGGUCCUGAUUGGAGUUGUAGUCCCAAAACAUCUGGAGGGCAGAGUUUGCCUAUGCCUGACCUAUAGGUGCUCCUAUAACAUCAGCUUGGGGGUAAUUGUUGGCUGAUCCAUUUUCCUUUUCCAGAGGUUUAUAAGAGCAAACGGGAGAAGCCACAAGGGCCAUUUGGAUUUUGGUACAGACCAUUUUAAUAGGCCCAGCAGAGUUUAGAAAGCUCAGUAGACCUACUACCAUGUCCGCGACAACAGAACUGCUUUGAGUUGUCUUACCAACCACCACCAUCCCAUUCAACAGCCAUCCAGAAUUGUACGAGUGUCCCAUUGUUGUCACACAAACCACAAAAGCGAGCUACUUCUAAUGGAAUGUCUCAACAUGAAUGUUGGAAGUUCUAUGACAUACUCAAGUUUAGGGAACUCAAAGGUCAAUCCAACUAAAUUUAGGCAGGAAGGUUGCUGUGUGCUAAAUGGCUAGUGGCCCAAGUGUUGCUAUCCUAGCCCAGGCAUCCCCAGCCUUCGGGCCCUCCAGAUGUUUUGUACUACAAUUCCCAAAAUCCCUGACCACUGGUCCUGUUAGCUAGGGUCCAUGGGAGUUGUAGACCAAAACAUCUGGAGGGCUGCAGGUUGGGGGUGCCUGUCCUAGCCAGUAUGAGUACAGGCUUUCAGACUAACUUAAGGGCUAGUUUCUUCCUCUGCCAUCACUUUAAAUGGAAAUGUGGAAAAUUCAAGAAAGCAUAAAUGCUUCUAUAUUUUGAAUAUAAGCAGUAUGUACAAUAGAUGAAACAAAGGUAACUUGGAAGAAAACAUUCUAGGAUAGUGAAUUUAAAUUCAUGAUGAAUAAAGGCUUGUUUGAAAGAGUGGACAACCAGUUUUGAGCAAUAAAACCUUGCUUCAUUUCAUCUGUGGCAGGAAGGAAGAAUGGACUGAUCAUAUGUCACAAAGUUGCUACAAAUACAACUUAGAUUCAUUGCUUUCUCUGCACAGAAGGACUAACUUCCAGGCACACUGGUGGUGAAGUCCUCCAUUCUGUUCCAGAAAAAUGUGGCAAACAUUAAUUUCAUUAAAACAGUCAAAAUAAAUGGUUUUUGAACA